AAGAUAAAGCCUAUUCUGUCUACAAUAAUAUUUAUGUCAGGGCGAACUAUAGCAAAGGUCAACAGUUACCGCUUUGCAAAAUUUGAAGAGCUGUUAAAGCAUAGCCAUAAUUAUAUAGAUAAGCAUUUUUACCAGCUUAAAUAUGUGCUACUUAAACUCUGAUAAUCUCAGUGGAAGAGCAACUUGAGAUUACAGCCAAAAACACAACCAAUUUAGCUGCGUGUUUCUAUUGCAUGCGCUUUCCCACCUAUAUGCUCGCUGCUGCCUUAUCUUUGAAAGCGACUGUCUGUAUCAAGCAGGAUGGCAGAAAGUACGGAUAAUGAAUACAUAGGCCGCCUCAAACUUCCAGCGCCAAUGUUAUCCAGAAAGAAAAUCAGUGUUUGGUCCGUACUCAAGAACUGCAUUGGAAAGGACUUGAGCAAGAUAACCAUGCCAGUCGAGCUGAAUGAACCGCUAAGCUUCCUGCAACGAAUCUGUGAAUAUAUGGAGUAUGCCAAUGUCUUGACCCACGCUGCCCACCAAGAUAAUUCAGUAGAUCGCAUGAAAUAUGUGGCAGCAUUUGCUGUAUCCGCCUUGGCGUCUAACUUGGACCGCCUGGGCAAGCCAUUCAAUCCAAUACUUGGCGAAACAUACGAGCUGCAACGAGAUGAUUAUCGCAUUGUUUGCGAGCAAGUUUCGCACCAUCCACCGAUAUCUGCAUUUCAUGCGGAAUCCAAUGAUUUUAAUUUUUACGGUUCAAUAAAUCCGAAAAUUAAAUUCAGCGGCAAAAACGUUGAAAUACGUCCAACUGGAGUUGUUACUGUGGAGUUUCCAAAAUGGAACGAAACAUAUACAUGGAGCAAUGUCAAUUGUUGUGUGCACAAUAUUAUUGUCGGAAAACUUUGGAUCGAACAAUAUGGAACAAUAGAGAUAACAAAUCAUUCCACUGGGCAUGUUGCAACUUUAACCUUCAAAUCAUCAGGCCUCUCAGACAAAGAUCUCUACAGGGUAGAGGGUUUUGUGAAGGAUGAAAAUCAGCAAAAAAUUCUAUUUCUCUAUGGAAAAUGGACAAAGUUCUUGAAAUGCUGCUCAAUGGAAGACUACGAGGAGCACAUGCAACAGGAGAAGAAAUUUGAGGAAGAGAAACAUUGUAAUGCCUCACAUAAUGCAACUCAAGGCAAAAUGUUUUCCAAAUUGAAUAGCUUUAAGUUGGAUUCCUUCCGAAGUUUAUCUCUGCAGGAGGAUAAGGAAUUCACACACAGUGAUACCAACGAUGGGCUGCCCAGAAGUGAUUCAGACAUGAGUCUGAACUUGCCCAAUUCUAUUUUGCUAUGGAGCUGUAGGCCAAGGCCUGCAAAUAGCAGCGAGUAUUAUCAUUUCACUAACUUCGCUCUGCAAUUGAAUGUAAUGGAGUCUAAUAUGAAACCACCAGAUACCCUUUGCCCCACCGACGCACGAUUACGACCCGAUAUAUUAUGUUUGGAGCAGGGCGAUUUAGAUGGAGCAUCUAAGGAAAAGACCCGAUUGGAAAAACAGCAGAGAGACUACAGAAAACAAGAAAAGUUGACCAGCUUGGAUGAGUUUGGUCCAAGAUGGUUUAAGAAGGCUUACAGCCCGUAUACAAAGAGUGAGGCUUGGCUCUAUAAUGGCAACUACUGGGAUCGCGACUAUAAGGAUGUUAAUGCUAUUUUUUAAAAGCAAAUGUAUAUAGUACCUAUAG